AUGGUUGCAUUUCCACGUCCUUUUAUGAGUUUUUCACAUUAUGCUCGACAACCGAUAUCCAGAAAUGUUUUUUUGCAACCUCAGAGGCGACUAUUAUCAUUUACAUGUUCCAGAUAUAACAACAGUCAUGUUGAUGAGAAUAAAAAUAAGAAAAAACUGAAGAAUGUCUUUCAAGCAAAUGCUAGUAGAACUGUUCGUAAACAAAAAUCCAAAGAAGAACUCGCAAAAGAGAAGUUUGAAGAACAACUGAAAUCACCUAAUAGAUUUGUGAGAUGGGGUGCUAUUGCAAGAUCUGAAAAGUUCUCAAAGGGGAUGACCAAGUACAUGAUCGGCGCUUAUGUGGUUUUUUUAAUUUAUGGCCUCUUCUUCACGAAGAAAUUGUUUGCGAGAGAUAAAGAAUUGGAAAGACUGCUUAAGAAGCAAGAGGAAGGAAACGCUAAUGAAUACGAAAUCCUAAGAGUUAAAGAACUAAGAGGCAAAUUAAGAAGGAGAGAUGAAUUGAAAUUAAAAGAGUACAAAAAGAUGCAGGAAGAAGGUGUUGAAGACUUCGACGAUGUUCAUGUACAGAGUUUUGAUCAGAACAAACUGAAUGAACAGAUAUUGCCCGCAAGAGACACAACAACAUUUUAUCAAGGGAAAGCUAGCGAAUAUGAUAAGGCAAUUAAUAUGGAAGAGAAGGUAAUAUUCCUAGGUAAAAGGAGAAAAUGGCUAAUGAAGCAUUGUCAAGGUGAUGUUUUGGAAGUGUCAUGUGGGACAGGCAGAAAUAUAAAGUAUCUUGAUAUGUCACGUAUCAACUCUAUUACAUUCUUAGACUCUUCUGAAAAUAUGAUGGAUAUAGCACAUCAAAAAUUUAGAGAGAAGUUUCCAAAGUACAAAAAGGUUGCUUUUGUUGUUGGGAAGGCGGAAAAUUUAGUAGAUUUAGCAGAAAAAGGUAAACCUUCUAAAGAAAAUGAAAAGACAGAGCAAGUCAAAUAUGAUACCAUCGUAGAAGCUUUUGGUUUGUGUUCUCACGAAGACCCUGUCAAAGCACUGAAUAACUUCGUCAAACUAUUGAAGCCAGAUGGGAGAAUUAUUUUACUGGAGCAUGGAAGGGGCCAAUACGAUUUCGUGAAUAAAAUGCUAGACAAUAGGGCUGAAAAAAGAUUGAAUACUUGGGGUUGUAGAUGGAAUCUUGAUCUAGGAGAAGUGUUAGACGAUUCCGAUUUGGAAGUGGUGGAGGAAAAACGGACACACUUGGGUACCACGUGGUGUAUUAUUGCCAAAAGAAAAGGUGAUUUGAAAAAGAAGGGUGAGCUUGGAUUUGUGGAAAAAUACCUACAGUCAAGUAUCAGAAAAAGAAUGGAAUCAUUUGAAAAAAAAAAUGAUCCAGAUUCGGAAAAGCAACCUGAGCCAGGAACUCCUAUAAAUAAAAGCUAG